AUGCCCGCGAUUCGGGGCGCAGAUUCAAAGAAAAAGACUCGGCGGCACACCCGCGACCUCGACCAGAUUCAUGCCGACCUACGUUCAGGGAAGCACCUGGCCCAGUACAAGGACACGAAGGCCGUAGAGGACCUGCCCGGACUAGGGAGAUACUACUGCACAGAGUGCGCGAAAUGGUUCGAGAGCGACACGAACUUUGAGAGUCACAAGAGGGGCAAGGUUCACAAGCGAAGGCUGCGACAACUGCGUGAUGAGCCAUGGACGCAGAAGGAGGCAGACGCGGCAGUAGGGCUAGGCACCGACAACGGCAAACGCACGACUUCGAGUAUGGACAUGGAUAGCGGUGCAGCUGCAUGA